CCGGAGCGGGGCGGGUUUUUCCCCAGUGCGCAGACGCGGCACGGACACGGCCGAGCGGGGACCGGAGCCAGAACGGGACCGGGGCAGCGCCGGUGUCGGUCACGGGCACAGGGGGAGUUCCCCAGACCGCGCCUGCGCCGAGAGAAGCGCCGGGGAGGCGCGCUCGGGGUGGGGGCAUCCGCACUCCCAUGAGGGCACCGGCAGAGAGCGGGCGCGGUCUGGGUGCAGAGGGUGCCCGAGGGACCGGCCCUGCUCCGGUCCCAUGGCAGCGGGCACGCAGCCGGCCCCAGCAGCCAGCACACAGUUUCAGCCUCCAUCAAAAUCUCAAGCGGGAGAUUUUUCGCGGGUGCAGCGCAUGUUGUGUGAGGCACACUGAAUUCCUCAACAGCCCGGUCCCACAGAAGUGACGGAAACAGCAUUUACCAGAUGAUCAGGCUUCAGAUGCAAAAGAUGGACAUGUAAAAAAGCUGUCCAAAAUCAGAGUAAAGUGAGAAAGCCCCCAGGUUUUUGCCCAAGAUACAGAAAAAGGGGAAACCAGUGCAAAUCAGUGGUAUUCCAAAUAUGAUAUAAAUGGAAAUCUUCUGUUGUGCAAAAUGCCUCUUAGGGAGGGAAACCACUGUAGAAAGAUAGAGUUAUUAGCAAUGAUUCAAUUACAUGAAAUGUCUCUGAAGACAGAGCAUCUGAGAAAUAUCAAUCAGAUCCUAUCUGUGGGGUCACCAGCUGAUUCUCCAAUGAUUUACAGUUUUGUUGGUAUUGAGUUUGUAACCUUUGUUAUUUUUGGAUUUUAUAGGUGAUACUGAUAAAUAAGGAUUGUUAUUAAUGCUAUAUGAAUACUUUAAAAAAGUUGUCAUAACCCCUUCAAAUACUUCCUGUUGAUAAGUUGAUUAUAUAGUGAGAAUUUUCAGAAUUUAUUAUAAGAAUUAUGAUCAAGAUAUUGUUGUAAUAUUUACAGCCAGCUUUCAUGUGUUUCACUGUGUCUUUGCGUGAUCAUCUACAAGACACGUGUCUCUUCAGAAUCUUGUCUUUUUGUUUUUUAACUACUCAUGUUUUUUAGGUUUCCUUUAAAUCCAGAUUGCCAGUUUUGUGGUUUUCUUCAGCUAUUAUUUCUUCAGUUAUUAUAGAGUACUUCAGCCGAGAAUUCAAGAGGUUUGCUGUGUUUGAAGAAUUUCUGUCCUGACAGAAGUUUUGGAGGGAUUCAAUUAUUUAAUGGUUUGAUUGAUCUUUAAUCCUAAGGUAUCCUAUUCAUAAUUGCUGUUUUUAAGAGUCUUGUUUUAAAAUGUAUUAAGUGAUGUCCAUCAAUUAGAGUUUGAACUCUUGCCAAGUUCUAGCUCUACUUGAAUGGAAUGAUUGACAAUCAGCCCAGAUGUUUUCUGCAUCAAAAAGUAUUCAAGUCCUUUUGGCUUGGCAAUUUGACCAUGUAUGAUAGCUGAGCCUGAUUUCAAAGGGAAUUUGGAGAAACAUGAAUCCAGACAUGAGUUCUCCAGUUCUCUGUUGUUUUAAGGUUCAUCAGCUGUCGCAGACUCUGGGAUGACAGUUCAGUGUUGUAGUGACUGAUAAUGGUAUGAUUUCAGAUGUCUCAUUGGAUAUGUGUAUUAUCUGAUUGAUUUCUAAUUGUUGUUAUCUUACAUUUCCCUAUGCAAUAUUGCAUAGAGACUGAAACAGAUCAGACCAAUGUUUUAUUUUCAUAUAUGCGAAAAGCCAAUCAUAUAAUGUGACUUUUUCACAGUGCUGGUAGCACGUAGCUGCGACCCAGCUUUGUCUCCCCUUCCCAGGGAAGUCCUGCUCCAUGACCUUUAUCUGCCUCCCCAGCAGCUCAGUGGUAGGAAAAGCCACUUGAAGUGGCUGAUGGAUUCUCCCUCAGUUUUUUGCCAGAGGCUUUGAGCCAGGAGGUUCCCUGGAGGGACGCUGGCUCUGGAAACCUCUCCUGAGCUUGCAGGUGUGGAGUAAAACUCCCUGCUGGGCCAGUGAACAACAAGUUAUCCUCUGAUCCAUCUGGGACCCCCAUGGCUUGGGGUCAGCCCUUGCUGGGGAGCUGCUGCUUGGGAGAAAUAGCCACUCCCUUUUCAUAAGUUUAGAAAGGUUUAUUAAACCUUAUCAAAAAUGCAACAGAAGACUGAAUAGAGAAAAUGUUAUGGUGCCAGGAGCAAAGGAUUUUCCCCACCAUGUGCUCUCCCACACAAUGGAGUUUUUUCCUUUUAACCCUUUAGCCCCUCCCAAAAUUCUGUCCAUUGACUCCUUCUUCAGUGUCCAGUGGUAGAGUUUACUUCCUCAAAUCUUGAUUGGAGGUCAAAUGUCACUGUAGUGACAAGGUGACCCUCCCACAUAUCCCAACCCCAGGUGUCCCUUGAUAACAACUGAGGGGAUAAAAGAAAUUUUUCUUAACUUCUAUACAUGGUAUUUGUCUGUUAAUUGUGAGAGUCAAUCAUUGUGGCAUUCACAUUCUCUGAAUGGAGAGACAUAAUUCUCUCUCAAGGUUUCUUUUCCUGGAGAAGCACAGGGAAAAGCAAGAAAAAAAUUCUUAUCUCCGUCAUGUGGAAAGUGUUAGGAAGAUUAUUUACCUGAAGUGAUUUGUCAGUUGGAUUCUGCUGAGGAUUGUUUUGUUUCCUUGGCCAAUUGGAAAAAGCUUUGUCCUGGCUGUCUGGAGACAGUCACAAGUUUUCUUUAUUAUUCUUUAGUAUUCUCUAGUAUUCUUUGUAGUAUAGUAUGCUUCUUUAAUAUAGUGUAGUACAAUGUAAUAUAAUUUAGUUUAAUAAAGCAACUGUUCAGCCUUGUGAAUCAAUGGAGUCAGCUGCCAGUCAUUCCCUGCAAUGGGGCAUCCUGCUUUUUGAUAAAUCAUCGCAUUACUCAUCUCUCACACUGCAGCUCCUCCCCAGGUGCUUUGCUCUCCUGCACUCACACUUCUCUCUGCCAAUCUGUGGCUUAUUAAACAGUCUGCUGGCUUUGUCUCUCCUGUGGCUGCAGGCAGCGUCGAUUCCUGCGGACACGAGAGAGCUGUGGCUGGAAAACUUAAUGGAGGGGAAAGAAACAGGGAAGGAGAAGGGCUCUGGUGAAGAUCACACUGCCCUCCUGAGGCUCCCGGGGGAGAAGGCAAAGUUGCACGAAGACCCCGUGCUGUUCUCUGAUGACAUUUUUUUCAUUGAGCCAAUGGUGAAACUGAUUAACCUAGGAGAUAUUGAUGCUCCCUUCACCUAUAGACCUUCAACUGCCAACGUGGGCUUCUGCUUCAAGUUUGCGCCCGAGGAAGACAUCGGUGCACCAGGUGGGACCCAGACUGCUCAGAUCUCCUUCAGUGCCACCAUAGUGUGGAGGUUUGAGGAAGAAUUCCAGUUCAGUGUGGCUGGAUCUCCUAUGUCUGCAAUCCUGACUAUCAAGUACCUGCAAGCAGUGCCCUCAGCCCUGCUGGACUGAGAGAAAAGCUGCUCAUCAUGACAAAUGACUUUUUGUGUUCUUCUUGGUUUCCAAGAGCUCCUGUGGCAGAAGCCCAGCCCAGCUCAGCAGCACAGACCCAGCACAAGGACUUUAAUGACCCUCUCAGGGCUUUGCUGCUGUUUACAUAAGACUCCGUCCCAGAGAGCGUUCAAAGAACUUCUCAGGAACUAAAAAUUAAAUUUAAACUCCAAAGUUUCUACAAGUUUUAAUGGGUCCCACUGAGGGACCCAACUGAGGAAGUUCUCCAGGCAGAGCAGAACAUUGGAGGCAGUGAUGACACGUGGGGACAAGCAAGGGAAAGGUGUCUCUGGUGCUGAGCAAAGCUGGAUGUGUUUGAGGAAUGCAAAGGGCCGGAGCCCCAGCCCCUGGCCAGGCAGAUCCUGUCCCUCCCUCCUUGCUCAGGGCUCUUCCCGGGAUGGGCACUGGCAUGCGGGGAUGUGCUAUGGCAAGGGCAGGAGCAUGGGGCGGCGUCUGCCAGGCUGCUGAGCAGGGACAAGGAGACAAUGAGGCCCCAGCCCUGCAAGGGUCACUUGUCCCCUCCUGGCCCCAGGGCCAGAAGCCAUGGCCAAAAUGCUGCCCAAGUUGGCUCUGGCAGGGCUGUCUUACAGCUGCUGCCCAUCCCUGUGCCCUGUGCAGCCCAGGCUGUCCCACAGAGUCCCUGGCCUGUGCCUCUGUCCCUGCAGGCUGUCAGCAUCCCCCGGCUGCCCCACCUGGCUGGGCCCUUCCUUUGCUGACAGCUCUGCCUCCUGCCUCCCUCUGCCUGCCCACACAAAGCCUUUGGCUCAUUAUCAAAAGGGUUAAUUAAUUUUUACUGUGCCUGUGAGCUUUUAGCACAGGAACAAGGCAUGCAGGGGCUACCUUCCCAGCAGGAAUGGUUGGAAGACAAGAAGACAUCUGGCUCAAGAAUGCAGUGAUAGAAAAAAGGACUAAAUCUGGGAACUUGGGGUGGGUUUUACAGUAAUGGAUAAAUUCUAAUACACAUUUAGUGACAUUGGUAGAAUUACAUGUUCACAUAAUGUGAGGAGUUAUCCCUUGCUAGACCUCAGGCCUGAAUAAAUGAUGCCCUCUUAAACUGCAAAUGUGGGAGAUUAGGGACCGAUCGGAAGAUCUCGUGAUGUUACGGGUAGACAGAACCCCUCUCCUUUACUGUUAAAGUUACUUAGCCCCCCAUUUUGUUGGCCGUUAACCCCCGUUAUAUAUAACCCCGUGUAACCGUUAAUAAAUGCCAUUUGCUGUCCACCA